GGGGUGGAGUCUACACUCAGGCCUGUCCUCGGCCCACCUCAUCCACGCGGGACGGAAGUCUCAGUCCGGCUUUCGACUUCCCGGAGGACCGCGCACCGAGAGCCGGGCCUCGCUCCACCGGGUGGCGGGGCCUAACGUGCUACGGCGCGGCGGCAAGAUGAAGCGUGCGGGGACUCUGCGCCUGCUCUUAGACCUUAGCAACUUCAGCGGCGCGGCCCGGCUCCGGGAGUUGCUAGCUGGGGACCCAGCUGUCCGAGUCCGCUGCAGCCCAGACGGCCGCCACCUGCUGCUGCUGCGACCCCCGGGGGCGCCAGCCCCGCAACUGCUGGUCGCCGUACGUGGAUCUGGCGCGGAACUGGAGCGGGCCUGGCCCGAGGACCACCCUUCACCGCUAGACGCCUUCUUCCUGCCUUGGCCAGCGCGACCGGCGCUGGUCCUAGUGUGGGAAAGUGGCAUAACCGAGGUGUGGGGAGCGGGGAUGGAGCUUGGCUGGCGACUGCUGCAGAGCACCGAGCUCUGUCCAGGCGGUGAGGCCCGCGUGGUGGCCGUAGCGGCUGUCCGAGGCCGCCUGGUGUGGUGCGAGGAGCUUCAGUCUGGCACUGAGGACCCCAUAGAGCGGCCUGUAGCCGCUUUCAACUAUCGCGUGUGCUUCAGGACCCUGGAGCCCAGCGGGGAGGCAGGCACAAACCUGGGCCGCACUCGCGUCCUGCUGCACCACUGCCCUCCUUUUGGCCUGCUGGCCUCCCGCAAGGAUCUCUUCCUAGUGCCCACUGCCACCACCUGGUCUGGUGUAGCCCACAUUCUGCUCAUCUGGAGCCCAAGCAAGGGCAAAGUGAUAGUGUCUGCCCCAUGCCUUGGCCUCUCUCACAGUAAAAUCCUGAAUCCCAGACAAGGGGACACCUGGGACUUCAGGACCCUGCUCCGAGGCCUUCCUGGGUUGCUGUCCCCCAGAAAGCCAUUGGCUGUACAUUCCUGGGCCCCAGCUCCUCAAGGCCUUCUGUUGCUUGAUUUCAGGGGCACUGUGAGGUUAGUGCAGUCCCACGGUGGUACUCGUGCUGUGGGCACCUUGCAGGAGGCACCUGCAGGCCCCGAGGGGUCUGCAGCCCUGGGAAUAUUCCAUGGCACUCUGGCCUGUGUGCUGGGCAACACAUUGGAAUUGCUGGACAUGGGCAGUGGGCAGCUGCUGGAAAGGAAGGUUCUAAGUACAGACAGAGUAUAUUUGCUGGAACCUCCAGCCCCUGGCGUGAAGGAUGAGGAAGAGAUGGAUAUUGGAGGAGGUCUUCGCAUGCUUUCAGCCUUGGGUCUGUUUUGUGUAGGUUGGGAAGCCCCCCAGGGCCUUGAGCUGCCUUCAGCCAAGGACCUGGUAUUUGAGGAGGCCUGUAUAUACUACCAGCGUCGGAGCCUACGGGGUGCCCAGCUCACCCCAGAGGAACUGAGACACGACAGUACCUUCCGAGCACCUCAAGCCUUGGCCUCCAUCCUCCAAGGCCACCUGCCACCAUCUACACUGUUGACUACACUGAGGGCCGAGCUUAGGGAUUACAGGGGUUUAGAGCAGCUCAAGACCCAGCUGGUGGCUGGGGAUGAUGAGGAGGCUGGCUGGACUGAGUUGGCAGAGCACGAAGUAGCACGCCUGCUGAGGACUGAGUUAACAGGAGACCAGCUGGUCCAGCUCAACACCAUUUUCCAAGCCCUUCCUACAGCAGCCUGGGGUGCCACUCUUCGGGCCCUGCAGCUCCAGCCAGAUGGAAAUGGCAGGCUGAGGUCCCAAGCUCUCCCUGAUGUGUGGAAGAAGGUGCUAGGGGAUACAACAGCUGGAAAGGAAACACCCAAUGGAAUACUGCCCCCAUUUGAACUCCUUUGCCAAUGCCUUUGCCAGCUGGAGCCACGAUGGCUACCCCCAUUUGUGGAACUGGCACAGCAGCAGGGUGGGCCAGGGUGGGGGGCUGGAGGCCCUGGGCUGCCUUUGUAUCGCCGAGCCCUGGCAGUGAUAGGUGAGGAGGGGAACAGGCCUGAGACAUUGGAGCUGGAGCUGCUUUUGGGCAGUGGGCGGCCCAAAGCUGUGCUGCAAGCUGUGAGUCAGCUGGUGCAAAAGGAGCAAUGGGAGCGGGCUCUGGAGGCUGGCCUGGCCCUUGGCCCCUCCAGCCCCUUGCUUCGAAGUGAGAUCUUCAAACUGCUUCUAGCCCAGUUUGCCCAGCACCGCCAGCUCGAUGCUCACCUCCCCCUCCUUUGCCGCCUGUGCCCACCAGAACUAGCUCCAGAUGAGCUCCUACUUCUACUGCAGACACAUCUCCCAGAUGAAGUGGGACCUCCUACCCCAUUUCCUGAGCCUGGGUCAGAACCCCCUCUCACAGUGGGUUUGCUCAAAGCCCUGCUGGAGCAGACUGGAGCUCAAGGACGGCCCUCAGGCCCAGUUCUAAGCCUUUAUGAGGAUAUCCUAUGGGACCCAGGCACUCCACCCCCGACCCCACCUCGGGGACCUAUGUCUACCCUUCAGGUAUCAGAUCACCCAGGACUGGAAGUGUGGGUACCAUCUGGACAGGGCCUCUGUGUGACUGACAUGGGAAAUCAUUUGUAGGACACGGUGAUCAGGGUAGGGUACCUAGGAGUUAGAGGGGGCCAGGGUAGGACCUGUGUGUGCGAUAUUCUUCUGUCUUCUGGAGAAAUUUUUAAAAUAUAUAUAUAUAUAAAUAUCCAAUUUA